CGGCAGCUCCUCAAGAGCGAGAAAAAGCGGGGAGGCGGUCGGUGGGUCGGCCGGCCCCGCGCCCAAGCCCUGAAGGCGGCGCGCUCCCGACGAGCAUCCCGCUGCAGCCUCCGGCGCCGGCCUCCUUCAGCCCGCGGCGCUCUGGAGAUGCGGCGGUGGGCAGCCGCCUCCCGAAGGCUUGGAGGAGGGACCGUCGGCCGCGUCUCAGCCUCGCGUCCCUCCUGCGCGCUGCACUGUGGGCGAAAGAUGGCAGCUUCCUCGGCCCCUCUCGGCUCCCCGAGGCUGUGACAGGCGGGCGCCCUUGCUUCCUUUUGGGGUCCCCAGCGCAGGGGGACCCCCUUCCCCUUCCCUUUCCUCCUCCGCCGGCCCCGCUGCUCCGAAGCCGCCGAGAUGGAGAAGUGCUCCAGCUGCGAGAGCCUCGCCUCCAAGCCGGCGCCGCCGGCCACCCGCCAGCCCAGCUCGGAUUCCCUCUCCAGAUACUCAGAGAAUCUAAUAAAUUAGCUGAAAUGGAAGAGCCCCCUUUGCUACCAGGAGAAACUAUUAAGGACAUGGCAAAAGAUGUUACUCAUAUCUGCCCAUUUACCGGAGGUAUUAGAGGAACUUUGACAGUUACAAAUUACAGACUGUAUUUUAAAAGCAUGGAAAGGAACCCUCCAUUUGUUCUAGAUGGCCCUCUUGGAGUGAUUAACAGAGUAGAGAAAAUUGGAGGAGCUUCUAGUCGUGGUGAAAAUUCAUACGGCCUAGAAAUUAUGUGCAAGGAUGUCCGGAAUGUUCGGUUCGCUCAUAGACCUGAAGGUCGCACGAGAAGAGCCAUAUUUGAGAACUUGACAAAAUACGCAUUUCCGAUGUCCAAUCACUUGCCUCUGUUCGCGUUUGAGUAUAAAGAAGUUUUCCCAGAAAAUGGCUGGAAUGUUUAUGAUCCCAUUCUGGAAUACAGAAGACAGGGAAUUCCUAAUGAAAGUUGGAGAAUGACUAGCCUCAAUGAGCAAUAUGAGCUUUGUGAUACCUAUCCUGCCCUUCUGGUAGUUCCAGCCAAUAUUCCAGAUGAGGAGUUGAAGAAAGUGGCUGCGUUCCGGUCAAGGGGCCGUAUACCUGUUCUAUCAUGGAUUCAUCCAGAAAGCCAAGCCACCAUCACUCGCUGCAGCCAACCAAUGGUUGGAGUCAGUGGCAAGAGGAGCAAAGAAGAUGAAAAGUAUCUUCAGGCUAUCAUGGAUUCCAAUGCCCAGUCCCACAAAAUACUCAUCUUUGAUGCCAGGCCAAGUGUGAACGCAGUAGCAAACAAGGCUAAAGGAGGAGGUUAUGAAAGUGAGGACGCCUAUCAGAAUGCCGAAUUGGUUUUCCUGGACAUCCACAAUAUCCACGUCAUGAGAGAAUCACUGAGGAAACUGAAAGAGAUUAUAUAUCCUAACAUAGAAGAGACACACUGGCUGUCGAAUUUGGAAUCCACUCAUUGGCUGGAGCAUAUCAAGCUGAUUCUCGCUGGAGCUCUUCGGAUUGCUGACAAGGUGGAAUCUGGGAAGACCUCGGUAAUCGUACAUUGUAGUGACGGUUGGGACCGUACUGCUCAGCUCACCUCUCUGGCCAUGCUCAUGUUGGAUGGUUAUUACAGGACAAUACGGGGCUUCCAAGUGCUGAUAGAGAAAGAAUGGCUGAGUUUCGGGCACAGAUUCCAGCUGAGAGUUGGCCAUGGAGACAAAAACCAUGCUGAUGCUGACCGAUCUCCUGUUUUCCUACAAUUUGUGGACUCUGUCUGGCAGAUGACGAGACAGUUUCCCACAGCUUUUGAAUUCAACGAGUUCUUGCUCAUCACCAUCCUUGACCAUCUCUACAGCUGUCUCUUCGGGACCUUCCUGUGUAACAGUGAGCAGCAGAGAGUGAAAGAGGGCAUUUCAGAAAAGACAGUAUCAUUGUGGUCCUACAUCAAUAGUCAGCUUGAAGACUUCACCAAUCCUCUGUAUGCCAGCUACACCAACCACGUGCUGUAUCCGGUGGCUAGCAUGCGUCAUUUAGAACUUUGGGUAGGAUACUACAUCCGAUGGAAUCCUCGAAUGAAACCACAGGAACCGGUACACAACCGCUACAAAGAACUCCUGGCAAAACGAGCAGAACUUCAGAAAAAAGUGGAAGAGCUCCAGCGAGAAAUCACCAACCGCUCUACUUCCUCCUCGGAGCGGGCCGGUUCCCCUGCGCAGUGUGUUACGCCCGUCCAGACGAUUGUAUGACAUCACGCGCCCCCAUCUUCCAAAACCUGACGCUCUUCCCCAACUUCUUGAUGCAUCCCCUGGCUGGCCUUGAGGGGAGCUGUAACCCAACAUGGCGGGAAAGCAACAGAUUGAGGAGAAGCUGGAGGAGGACUCUUUGUUGGUAGCCCCUUUUUCUAAGAAAGAAGCUUUCUUGAGUCUAGACACUGUAUUUAUUAUGGUCUACUUCUCCAGGGUAUUUUAUUACAGUUGUAACACUACGAGAGGUGGAAUUUUUUUGUUGUUUUUUUAAAGACCUCUUAUAUAAUUGAGGAAACUAGCUGCAUGGCAUCUCAAGACCCAACUAUAGGACGUUUAUUAAUGAGUUCAAAAUCUUUAGCACUGACUUUCGUGGUGGAGAGAUGCACUUAUUAUACAGGGUCAUACUUAUUUCAAACCUCAGCCGCCUGAAUACAAAGACCCUCACAGGGACUUCUGAUGUAUACGGUGGGCUUUGCUAAUUUUACCUUGCCCACUUACUUCACUGCUCCACAAAAUGCAAAGGAAUUUGCAAGUGGAAUGCAAGUCAUCGUAAUGAGUUGCAUGCUAGGAAAGAAGAAUAUUCAUUGCAAUCGUGCGUAUGAAAAUUAUGCAUUCUUGGCUUCCGAUGCUUAUCAGCGGUAGACUUAUUUUGUGGUGCCUCAUUCUUACAGAAAUACGACCCCUGAAAGGGAAAGAAAAGCAAGAAUUCAAAACUUCUGAGGUUAAUUGCUUUACACAGGGAUGAGGAAACAGAUGCAUCGUCCACAUGUUUCUAGUGGCGUUUAUGUAAAGAGGAAAUGAGGCCCUCCAGAUGUGACAACUCUCAAUAGAUUCAAUAGCUGGAGGGUGUUCAGUUGAGGAAAGGCCAUUGCUGAAGAUGGUGGAGAUUGAAGCCAGACAUCUAGCCAACACCUAGCUUGGGGAAAGGUAACUUAGAAGCAUCUGUGGGAGUAGGCCAAAUGUCAUUUACUGACCCUGUAAUCCCUUGUGGGAUGGAGUAACUGAAUGAAGCUGAGUGUUUAUUGGCUGGAUGCGCUUCCUGGCACCAGUGCGGAGUUUUUUUCAGCAGAUAUAUUCUCAGUCUGCCCAGAGAGAGAAAUACCUGCCUCUACCUAGUAUUGAACUCGAUUGUGAGGCGAGCGCUCCACCUCUAGGCCACUACGCCACUUAUAGGCCAAAUGUAUCCAUCUAUGCUAUCAUCUAUCUAUCAUCUAUUCUAUCGGCAGCUCAGCGGUUCAAAUCCCUAGUGCUGCCGUGUAACGGGGUGAGCUCCCGUGACUUGUCCCGGCUUCUGCCAACCUAGCAGUUUCGAAAGCACGUAAAAAAUGCAAGUAGAAAAAAUAGGGACCACCUUUGGUGGGAAGGUAACAGCGUUCCGUGCGCCUUUGGCGUUGAGUCAUGCCGGCCACAUGACCACGGAGACGUCUUCAGAUAGCGCUGGCUGUUCGGCUUUGAAAUGGAGAUGAACACCGCCCCCUAGAGUCGGCAACGACUAGCACGUAUGUGCGAGAGGAACCUUUACUUUUACCUUUAUUCUAUCUCUGGGUGCUGUGAUUGGUGGAUCAGGCAAUUAAAACCAUACAGCAUGGUCAACAAAUGAGAGUUUUGUUUAUGCAGGGCUGUCAAAAAGGAUCCAAAUAUAAAUGAAAUCAUGAGGUGUGAUUUAGGAUCCAAUCUGGGUUAGAAGUUCUACCAAUCUGAUAGAAGUUCUACAGAUUCUGCUAGAGAGCAGGUCCCUGAGGAUAGGUUCCAAUAUGAGUUUGAAAGCUCGGAAGACUAAUCCUCUGGUCCCGGUGACUGACCCAGAUUGGAUCCUGCAACAUUAUCCUGGGACAGGUAUACAGGUAGUCCUCGACUUACAACAGUUUGUUUAGUGACCGUUCAAAGUUACAACAGCAACUGAAAAAAGUGACUUAUGACCAUUUUUCACACUUUCAUGACUGUUGCCGCAUGGUGACAUGAUUUACAUUCGGAUGCUUGACAACCGACUCACAUUUAUGAUGGUUGCCGUGUCCCGGGGUCACGUGAUCCCCCCUUUGCGACCUUCUGACAAGCAAAGUCAACAGGGAAACCAGAUUCACUCAACAACCAUGUCACUAACUUCAUAACUGCAACGAUUCGCUGAACAAAAAGUGGCACGGAAAGUCGUAAAAUGGGGGAAACCUUGCUCAAAUUUCUCACUUAGCGACAUAAAUUUUGGGCUCAACUGUGGUCGUAAGUCGAGGACCAUCUGUAUUUGCCUUCAUUUGUAUAUGCUUUAGCAUAUGGUAUGAACACACCAAUAGAUUGAAGAUUCAAAUGCUUUGCAUUUACAAUCUUUGUUCCCUGGCAUCUCAAGGCAAGUCUCAAUUAAAUCUUUACGACCACUGCUGGAUGGAUGAACCAGUACCAUAUUCUCUGGUAAAGGCAGUUCCUCCUAUAUCCCUAUAUAGGUAGUCCUCGACUUACGAUCGCAAUUAGGACCAGCAUUUCCAUUGCUAAAGUAAGAUUUGUGCCCAAUUUUAUGACGGUUUUUUUUGCCACCGUUAUUAAGUGAAUAAUAGCGUUCAGCAGAUAUGGCUUCCUCCAUUGAAACCAAUCAAGGAGAGAAGCAACCUGGAAUUAAGGAGAAAUUUCCUAACAGUGAGCACAAUUAACCAGUGGGACAGACCUUGUGAGUGCUCCAUCUGUUGUGUCUCGCUCGCUUUCCCCGCAGCCGGGCCCCUUAUCUCCUGCCGAACGCUGAGGAAUAUCCUGGCAUGCCUCCAGGCCCCAGCCCUGGCACCAUGCCCAGACAGGCCGAGCAAGACGAAGGGCCUGACAUGCCUCCAGCCCCCAGCCCUGGCUCCAUGCCCAGGCAAACGGAGCAACUAGACCCCUCCCCCUCCCCCACAGCAUGUGAGCCUGAGGAAUGUGAAUUGCCAACAGCUGGAGCCUGGAGAGAUCCUCGCUUCCAGAGAAUUGAUAGGCGGCGUCAGCAAAAGGAAGGGAGGGGCAGGCUUGGAUAAGUGCUGAGUCAUGGAGCCACACCCCAUGGCCUAUAUAAAGGAUCUGCUUUCUGGCAUUCUCUGAGUCAGGCAAAGUCUACCUUGGAUUGCUGAAGUCACUUUCUGGUCUCCUGCCUGCCUUGAGAACUCUGAUAGGACUUUGGCAGAGCUGCAGAGGCACGCUUGAUACGGACUUCCCCGACCUGGCCAUCAGCGGAGGAAUGGGACACAACACCAUCAUUGGAGGUUUUUAAGAAGAGACUGGACAGUUGCUUGUCUGAAACGGUAUAGGAUCUCCUGCUUGAGCAGGGGGCUGGAAUAGAAGACCUCCAAGGUCCCUUCCAGCUCUAUUCUGAUUCAAAGCCAGCAAAAUGGUGACUGCAAUGGUUGUAAAUGCGUGGCUGGUUUCCAAGUGCCUGAAUUCUGAUCAGGUGACUGGGGAAUGCUGCAAUGCUCAUAAAUGUGAAGACUGGAUUUACUUUUCUCAGUGCUGUUGCAACUCUGAAUGGUCGCUAAACAAAUGGUUGUAAGUUUAGGACUACCUAUAGUAGGCUAAUUUUCGCAGAUGAUGGAGAGAUACGUUACAGCAGCCUCCUCUAGAUGGGUUGAAAUGCAACGCCCAGAAUUCUCAAGUAGGAUGCUCAAAGGGAAUUAUAAUCCUAAUACAUAUGAUGGGUGCCAUGCAAGGCUAAUUUAUACCAUCCUUGCCUCUGACUUCCUUAAAUUCUAUUCCUGCAACCUAACUUUGUUUUGGGGUUUUUUUUUGGCUAAAAUAAAGUAUGUAGUAUCUGUACCAGUGGUGAAAUGUAAAAUUUGUUACUACCGGUUCUGUGGGCAUGGCUUGGUGAUGGUGGGGAAAUGUUACUGGGUGGGCGUGGCCAACUGGAUUUUUUUUUAAUUUUAUUUUUAAAAGCAUUUUUUCUACAACCUAUUUGGCCGAAGAGGUUGUAGAAAAAAUGCUUUUAAAAGGCUCUGAUGAUCCCAUCCCUCCCUGAUGAUAGUAAAAAAAAAAACACCUCUUGAUAAUCGCACAGCUCAGCUGGGAAUUGGGGGAGCAGGGAUUUUUGCUACCCAUUCUCCGAACCACCCGCUGCCAUUACUACCGGAUUGGGCGAUCCGGUCCGAACCAGGAGUAUUUCUCCCCUGAUCUGUACUACAAUUCUCAGCAGUCUCAUCCAUCAUUGCCAACAGCCAGGAUUUAAUAGGCCUGUAGCUGGAGCAUCUUGUAUAUUUUCCAACUACUUUGUAAAGCUUUCUGUAUAUUAAACUGGACUUUUAACAGCAGCUCCUUUGAGACGUGGCAACUAGCAGGCAAUUACAAGGAUGUGCCAAACUUACAAAGUACAAUAUAACUUUCCUCCUUUUUGUCAAA